CCUUACCUUGUAUUAUCCCCCAUUUUGAACACUACCGGGAGCGGAAAAAAACAUUAGAAAAGUGCCUGUACCCGAGAGCCAAGCGAAGCUUGCUUUGGCUAAGAUUUGAGCGUCCUUUUGGGUGGACCUUUGAGAAGGACAAUCGUCAACGCCUUUCCUGACUGGCACUGAAUAUCGCUCGACGAACGCCAUGAAUCCUCCAGCAGACCUCGCUAGUCCUUCAUUGGAGAGGAAGGGCUACUUUGUGAGGUUUUUUGAUCAACUUGGUAUUAUGCUCAAGAGAAACACUAUUCUUCAGAUUCGCUACACAAAGUCGACUCUUGCGCAAACCAUCAUUGCCCCCUUUGUGUUCAUGCUCCUCUUGUUCAUUCUGCAAAAAGCCGACUAUGCGAAUCAAAGAAGAAGCGACCCGAAUCCACCAGGAGCUCCUCUGCAGGGCAUUUACAAUUGUCAGGGAGCGAAGCCGGAUGAUCCCUGCAUAAACAUUAUGUAUACACCGUCUGAUGCCACUACCGACGGAAUUCUCGCUUUGUUUGCAACAAAGAACGCGCAGAGGACAGGGCAACCAGCUUUUCCGAAAGAAGUUCCUCUGAACAAUCUCGCUACUUUGCCCCCAAGGAAGCUUGGGAUGGUCCCAGUACCAUCGUUCCAAUUCAUUUAUAACUACACACUGUUCAAUCCCAACGUCACUUAUUGGGGUAUCACAUUCACGGAUACACCUGGGCCUCCUCGCAACAUUGCGUACCAGGUUUGGUAUAAUGCAUCGAAUGUUGCCAACGGCACCGACGUUUACGGCCGCGAGGUGGUUUCAUUUAUGCGUGGAGUGGACGAAGCUAUCAUCUCAUUUCUGAAUGGUGGCCAACCCACGAGUAUGGACGUAACACUUAAAGACUGGCCAUUGAUCCCACCAAAGACGCUUUCGGACACCAUCGUGCAGAACCUGGGUCCCGUCUUUUUCUUCUGUUCUGAAAUGGUGAUCUUUAUCAACGUCCUCAACCUGCUCGUUUCUGAAAAAGAAAACAAAUUGCGUCAUGGAAUGGAAAUGAUGGGCCUCAAGUCGUCGGUGUACUGGCUGUCACACUUUCUUUCGAAUUCCCUCCUCAUUGCAGUCGGCGCAUUCGUGACAGCGAUAUUCGGCUUAAUGUUUGGGUUCUUUGCAUUCAAGAACACCAAUUUUGGCGUGAUAUUCUUCACCUUUUUCCUAUUCGGCGAGGGAAUGCUGAUGCUGGCGUUCUUCAUCACUACUUUUGUCCGGAAGGCCCGAGUUGCCAUUCUUAUCGGCAUUUUCGUCUUCAUUAUUGGGCUCUUGUUCGAGAGUUUUGUUUUUAGUAGCAGCUUUGUCGGUUACAUCUGGUGGGAUAAAGGGACGAGCCCGGCUGGAUGGAUUGUUCUUAUGUUCUUUCCUUUUUUCAACUUUGGAAAGGCUUUCCUAGAUAUCACAACGUACACAACUGGUCGUCUCGACUCUUUGACGAAUACCUUUAUCCCUGGACCUGGUUUCUCCUGGUCCACACUCUACGACCCUCUCCCCGUUGAGCUCCGCCCCAUAUAUGCGUCAGGCAAUACUCCUGAUGUACCACCGCCGAUACAGAGUUGGUACUUUCUUCUGAUGAACAUGGCUUUCUAUGGCGUUUUGACAUGGUACUUUGACUGCGUUAUUCCUGAUGAGUUUGGAUGGAGUAUGCCGCCUUGGUUCUUUAUUACCCCAGAGUACUGGGGAUUGGGGCGGGGUCGUAAGCAGCAUGGAGAAGUUGACUGGCUCAGGAGCGAGAAAAGGAGGAGUCCUGGUUCGACUCCUCCAGCAGACGAGGAUCCCGAUGUUGCCGACGAGCGAAACAGGGCGUUGGAUGAGACAUAUCAUGCCGCUGUCCGUAUUGUCAACCUGCGCAAAAUCUACCGAAACGGGUUCAUUCAACGCAAGGAAGAUAAAGUUGCAGUCAAAGAUUUGUGUCUAAACUUUGAGGAGGGAAAACUUUUGGCUUUACUGGGACAGAACGGUGCAGGAAAGUCUACGACGAUGAAUAUUCUCUCCGGUUUGACCCCGGCAACUUCGGGUGAUGCAUUGAUGUAUAAUCUGAGCGUUCGCAGUCAAAUGCCUGAGAUCCGCAACAUCAUGGGAGUCUGCCCACAGCAUGAUAUUCUUUUUGACGACCUGACAGCUGAAGAACAUAUUCGUCUCUACGCUGGCUUAAAGGGAGUUCGUAAAGACACAUGGACUGCCCUUGUGGAAGAACGUCUGAAAGCUGUACGUUUAUGGAAAGUUCGCAACCAAAGAGCCGGCACUUACUCUGGUGGCAUGAAACGACGCUUGAGUCUGGUUAUCUCGACCAUUGGUGACCCAAAAAUCAUCUUCAUGGAUGAACCGACCACUGGAAUGGAUCCUGUGAAUCGAAGACACGUAUGGGAGUUUGUGGAGAAGUUCAAGAAGGGGCGUGUCAUUGUGUUGACGACUCACAGUAUGGAAGAAGCAGAUGUGCUUGGCGACCGGAUCGCAAUUAUGGCACACGGCCGAUUGCGGGCUCUGGGGACAUCCAUCGCCCUCAAAACCAAGUAUGGUACUGGCUACCGUAUCUCCAUUAUUUGCGAUCCAGCAAACGCCGAGAUCGCAAAACAAACAGUUUCCAACAUGGUUCCGAAUGCCAUUCUUGAGGACGACUCUGCCGGAGCUCUCAUGUACCAAUUCCCAACGAGUAGAAAUGGUGGAGAGAUGUUACCGCGCUUUAUUCGGUUCCUCGAAAGUGGCGAGGCGGAGUGGGUCAAGGCGUGGGGAAUCAGCCAGACAACCCUUGAAGAGGUCUUUUUGAAAUUGAUUCGGGACGCCAACCCGAAUGGCUACAGCGGCUACGAGACAAAGCCGUUGGUAGCACAAGCAGAACUAGAUCUUCUCCGGAACCGUUCGCUGAGACGUACGCUCUCUCGACCUACUCGCCGGGCAGCUGCCAACGGAGGUGGACAACACUCUGGCGCCGGCUAUGGUAAUGGGUACGCACCAAGUUAAAUCAAUGUUGUGGUAACUGCUGGGGUUUGGAAGUGGAUUUGUUCAUUUUGUUAGCUUUGUGGAAAUUAGGUUUUGGUGUUGACAUUGCCUUUAUUUUGUGUUUUGUUGCUGGACAGUGGAAUGUAGUCUUUCAAUUCGUUGAAGAAUAAAUGAUAGAGUAUAGGAAGAA